AGGAAAUAGGAGAAGUUAUAACACAAGGGAAACGAUCACAAUGAAUAUGAAAUUGAGCAUUACCAUAUGUUCCUUGUCCUUAUUUCUGGGUUUCGCCAUUAUAGCUCAAGCAAAAGACUUCGAUAUCGCUAGCUACGGUGGAAACCCUAACGGGGAUAUAACUGAUGCUCUCACAAAAGCAUGGACUGAUGCAUGUGCAGCCACUGAGGCUAGUAGAGUAUUGGUUGGUUCAGGAACUUACAAUUUGAAUGCCCUUGAUAUCAAAGGACCAUGCCAGGCUCCUUCUAUUGAGAUACAAGUUGAUGGUGUAAUUCAAGCACCAGCAGAUCCAUCUGCACUAAAUGGGGCAAGCCAAUGGAUUAAAAUAGGAUAUGUGAAUGCCUUCACAUUAUCUGGCACAGGAACUUUUGAUGGCCAAGGCGCAGCUGCAUGGAAAUCAAAUGAUUGUGCACUAAACCCGAAGUGCAACUGGCCUACCAUGAACUUUGGAUUCAACUUCAUCAACAAUUCUUAUAUCAGAGGCGUAACUUCAAAAGAUAGCAAAAACUUCCAUGUCAAUGUUCUUUCAUGCAACAAUAUCAACUUUGACGGGUUUAACAUCAGUGCACCUGGAGAUAGCCCAAACACUGAUGGAAUCCACAUUGGAAGAUCAAAUGGAGUGAGUGUUGCAAACACCAAUAUCGCUACUGGAGACGAUUGUGUCUCAUUAGGCGAUGGUAACCAAAACGUAACCGUGUUAAAUGUGACUUGUGGACCUGGUCACGGCAUUAGUGUUGGAAGCCUUGGAAGAUAUAAUAAUGAACAACCUGUUUCAAAUGUCAAUGUCAAAAAUUGCACAAUAUCUAACACGAUGAAUGGUGUAAGGAUCAAGACAUGGCCUGGCACUCCAGGAGCUAUUACUAUCACUGAUAUGCAUUUUGAAGAUAUUAUCAUGAACAAUGUCCAAAACCCAGUUAUGAUAGACCAGGAAUAUUGCCCAUCAAAUCAAUGCGACAAAUCGACUCCAUCAAAGAUAAAGAUAAGCAAUGUGACUUUCACGAACAUCAGCGGCACAUCUCAAUCUCAAGAUGGAGUAGUUCUCAUCUGUAGUAGUGGUGUACCAUGUGACAACGUUCAACUUAAUAACAUUAAUCUCACAUUUAACGGAGCUGCAGUAACUGCAAAAUGUUCCAAUGUUAAACCAACAAUCACAGGAACGGCACCAGCUUGUGCAGCAGCUUAAGAAUUGAACGGUGUCAUAAACGCUUUGAUCCAUUUUUGUUGUUUCUCCUUUUGUUUUCUUCUUGAGAUUACAUAAGUCAUUCCCUUACAAAAGGUGGAUGGUAGCUAGUUUUUACCCUCUUGCGUUUGAAUAAGAGAUCCUGUAUCAUACACGUAAUGGUGUCUUUAUAUAGCAUUAAGUUGUCAUCUUCAUUUAACCAUAUAAUGGAGAUUUACUUUAUAUA